CAACGAGGAGCCAUCUCUGCAGCCUGAAGCUGAGUCAGUCCUGGCCACGCCCCUCCACCUUUGAUUGACUGCUCGGCCUAGUGACGCCAUCAGUCAGCGACGCUGUCCCGGCCGCAGUCACCAGGGCAACCGGCGUGAAGAUGGCGGUAAGGACUAGUGUGGCACUGCUGCGGGAGGAUGGCAACAAGCAUUUUAAAUUGGGAGAUUAUGAGAGAGCUUUGUGUUGUUAUACACAAGCAAUUGAGCUUUCCCAGGACUUUUCAGAGGGCAUGGUCCUGCAUCGCAAUAGAGCAGCCUGCUACCUUAAACUAGAGGAGUACUCAAAAGCUGAAGCUGAUGCCUCGAAAGUGAUUGAGGUGGAUGGGAAGGAUGUGAAGGCUCUGUUCCGCAGGAGCCAGGCCCUGCAGGAGCUGGGGAGACUGGAUCAGGCAUUUGCUGAUAUCCAGAGAUGUGCUGUUCUGGAACCAAAGAACAAAGUAUUUCAGGAAUCGCUGCGACAAAUUGCAACAAAGGUCCAGGAGAAGGUCCGGCUACAGUCUUCCACUGAUGCCCGCGUGGAGCAGAUGUUUAACAUCCUCUUGGAUCCUGGCGAGAAAGACUCUGACAAGAAACAAAAGGCUGUUCAGAAUCUGAUUGUUCUUGCUCGGGAAGACGCAGGAGCUGAAAGGAUUUUUCGCAGUGAUGGAGUGCGCCUCCUCCAGAAGAUGUUGGACACUGGGGAUAUGGACAUUGUGCUGGCUUCACUACGGACCCUAGUGGGGUUGUGUUCAGGCCACCAAUCCCGGGCGAUGGUGAUUUUGCAUACAAUAGGAAUGGACAGGUUCUGUCGUGUGAUGGGCAGUGAUAAGGAGCAGGUUUCCCUGGCAGCAUGCAAUGUCCUACAAGGCAUGUUCGAUUCACUGAAAGGUGGAAUAAAAAGUGAUAUUCGAGGGAAAGAGGAGGCACUGGUUCUUGAACCCAUGAAAGAUUUGAAGAUGAUAGUCCACCAGCUGCUGGAGAUGUUGAUUCAGCGCCAGGUUUCCACCCAUGGCCGAGACAACUCCAUUAACCUCCUCGUUAAGAACGUUCCACGGAAGUCCUUACGGGACCCCAACAAUGCCAUGACGAUCUGGGUAAUCGAUCAGGGAAUGAAGAAGAUUCUAGAAGUGGCCGGCGCAGUUUCAGAAAUUCCUGACAGCCUUUCAGUAACGGACAGUGGUCGGAUGAGCGUGUCGGUGCUGCUGAACAAACUUUAUGAUGAUCUCAAGUGUGAUGCUGAGCGAGAAGCCUUUCACAAACUCUGUGAGGAUUACAUCAGGGACCGCUUUGAGUCUUCAGGCAUGGACGGAAAGCUGCAGGCCAUCCAGACCGUGUCCACACUACUCCAGGGGCCCUCAGAGGUUGGAAACCGGGUGCUGGAGAUGAGCGGGAUUUUGGAGUGCAUGAUAGCGUUGUGCAGCUCAGAACGGGAGAUAGACCAGCUGGUUGCUGUGGAAGCACUCAUCCACGCUGCGGGCAAGUCGAAGCGGGCUUCAUUCAUCACUGCAAACGGGGUGACCCUGCUGAAGGACAUCUACAAGAGGAAUGAAAGUGAUCAAAUCAAGAUCCGGGCUUUGGUGGGUUUGUGCAAGGUGGGUUCGGCAGGUGGAACAGACUACAGCAUGAAGCAGUUUGCUGAAGGUUCGACUUGCAAACUGGCAAAGCAAUGCCGGAGGUGGUUAUGCAAUGACUCGAUUCAGUCCAGCACACGGCGCUGGGCGAUGGAAGGAUUGGCCUAUCUGACCUUUGAUGCUGAUGUGAAGGAGGAGUUUGUGGAUGAUCAGCCUGCAGUGCAGGCUAUGUUUGAACUGGCAAAGUCGGAAGAUAAAACUGCUCUCUAUGCAGUUGCGUCAACCCUUGUAAACUGCACGAACAGCUACGAUAAGGAGACUCCUGAUCCACAGCUUCUGGAACUGGCCAAAUACGCCAAGCAGCAUGUUCCAGAGGAGCACCCAAAGGAUAAACCCAAGUAUGUAGGGAAACGGAUUGGGAAGCUGCUGAAGGCAGGGGUGGUGUCGGCACUGGUGUGUAUGACAAAGAAGGAGAGUCCAGCUUUGACAGAUUCCUGCAAGGAAAUGAUUACUCGGGUGUUCCUGUCUCUGGUUGAGGCCCCAGAGGAUCGUGGAACCAUGGUAGCUCAGGGUGGAGGCAAGGCUCUGCUCCCUCUGGCAUCAGAAGGCACAGAGGUUGGCAAGACCAAGGCGGCCCAGGCAUUGGCAAAGAUCACAAUCACUUCUAACCCUGAGAUUGCUUUCCCUGGAGAGAGGGUUUAUGAGGUAAUCCGACCUUUGGUCAGCCUUUUGCACCUUGACCGUACAGGGUUGCAGAACUUUGAGUCACUGAUGGCGUUAACUAAUUUGGCUGGGAUCAGUGAGAGGCUGCGCCAGAAGAUAAUUAAGGAAAAAGCCAUUCCAAUGAUUGAGAGCUACAUGUUUGAAGACCACGAGAUGAUCCGACUGGCAGCCACGGAGUGCAUGUGUAAUAUGGUCCUGAGUGAGGAGGUGCAGAAGCUGUUCCUGGUUGAGGGAUCAGAUCGUCUCAAACUGCUGGUGUUGUACAGUGGUGAAGAGGAUGAUAAGUUGAGGUGUGCAGCUGCGGGGGCUGUAGCCUUUUUAACAUCACUGCAGCCAAAGCUCUGUACCAAAAUCACACAAGUGACGAGCCACUGGUUGGAGAUCCUUCAGGCGCUCGUGCUGAGCUCGAACGUCGACCUGCAACACCGAGGGCUCGUCAUCACGCUCAACUUAAUGAACGCGGACCGGGAGCUCGCAGCCCUGCUCAUGGAGACAGAGAUGUUGGAAAUCCUGUCUGCUAUGAGCAGGGAUGGAGAUGAGAAGAAAUGCAAAGUGUCGGCUGUUGCCAAGGAUUGUCUUGCCCGAGCAGUGGAGUAUGGACUAAUAAAACCCACGGAGGAGGAGACCAGCCCCUAGUGAAAGCAAACACAGGACAGUCCAUGGACACAUGAGCCAGCUUGCAGGCAAGAAACACUCCCACUAAGCGAUACACUGAUAACUACUUGCAAUUGCUUCUACAAGCCUCUUAUUUUUGGAUGGUAAACCAUCCUGCACAAUGAGUACUUAUCUUUCAAUCACAGUACUUUACUGCAAGGGACACUAUCCUCACAGCAGGACUUUGCUCAUGUAAUAUUGUAUAAUUAAGGUGUUGAAGGAAUUUCCUGCAGUAUCAAAAUCACUUCAAAAAAAAGAGCUCUCCUGGUUCAGAAUUCAUCUUUUCUUCUUAUGACCACCUCUCCAGUUUAUGCUAGCCAAUGGCUUAUUCCCAUGGCCACCCAGACCCUCUGAUCCCUGGCCCCAGUGAUCACUUUGUAUCUGUGGACUGGGUCAGUGAAAGUUAGCAGGCUAAUUGACCAUGGAGGUCAUUGUAGAGCAAGUAUGCUCUUGACCUCGGCUGUAGGUCACUGGAUGGGAGUGGGAAUGGGUGUGGUUUUGGCCAAUUUCUUCCCCCCCCCAAACUCAAGGAUGCUGAGGCCGAUUUCACCUCCCUGGCUGAGCUCCGUUAACACAGAUGGGAAUGCAAUUUUCUCUUUGGACAGUUGAGGAGAUGUCACAAUUUUUUAAAUAUAAAGUUAUGACGGAGCCUCAAACUAGAUGGAAUGUUAACAUAAUUGGAACACAAUGAUAUAGAUCUGCUUCUGGUCUAGCUGAGGAAGCUGUGACUUUUGAUCAGAAUAUUUCAGUGAAUACUGUUGCGGUCCAUGGCACCUUUAUUGAAUCCAUUCUAGUAUUUGAUGCACUUUUGGUUUGGCAUUGUUUGCAGCAAUUUCAUUAUUGGGCUUGAACUUCAUAUCAUAAUGUGAACAUCUAAUCUGUGCUGCCACUGCAGGGCAGGAGUUUAGCAAGACCCAUGUUGGGAGGAGCUUUGGCUCUGGUGCAGCUUUGUAGUCAGUUUGAGAGUUGAUACCGGACUUUGACAACAGAAGCUGCUCCACAUUACUUGUAGUGUGAAUUCAGACUUAGUGGCUUUCUAUAAACCAGCUGUGUGAGAUGAAAGUUGAUGAAUAUGAGCUUUGUUUACACUGUACACCUUAUACAUUCAUUUAUUUUCACUUCACUUGAGUUAAACAAAAAUUGGUUACCAUCCAUAUCGUGUUUAAUUAACUGGAACCAUUUAAAGCUUGGCCUGCAAGUUGAUGGUUGUGCCAGUUGCCAGCUAGUGCCUUUUAUAUUUAGGGUGAGAUACAUGUGACAGACAAGAAAAGAACUGAUAGUCCAUCAAGCCUGCCCAACAGCCUGAUGUUUGGUCAGGGUGAAAUACUUAUUCCCUCCCAUGACCUCUUCUCUCUCUCUCUCUCUUCUCUCCCCCCCCCACCAAAAGACUUAGGGCCAGUAAGGGAAGAAACUACCCUGGAAAAUUUCUGUCCAAUCCAAACCCGCCCAGGAAAUCUUACAGGCCAAGUCUUACCAAAGACACUCGCUCCUGUAUGACACAAUCUCUGUCCCAGUCAGGAACUAGUCCAACUUCCUCUUGAAGAUGUGCAAAGAUCAGUAGCCACUACACCCAGUGGCAGCUCAUUCUGGAGGCUCCCUAUUCUUCAGGAAAAGAGGAACACUUAACAUCCAGUCUGUUCCAAUUUGUAUGCAGUUAAUGCUAUACAGGUUCAACAUUGAUGGGAUUUCAUGAAAUGUCAACUUGUUUGCAAUUUUCAUUCAAUGCAUCCAAACAAUUAAGUGCGAUUCAAGGGGAUAAAAAUUCCACAAGUUGCAGAGUCUAAAAUCCAAAACUAUAAUACCAGCAACUCUACUGUCAGAAGAGCAGCAGAAGAAAAGGAUUUACUUGCAAAAAAAAACACAUGAAGAAUGGUCAACUGGACCAAGAUCCAUAAAGCAGAUAACAACUGUGGACCAAAAAAAUCAAAGCGCUCAAGAAAAACAUAGAAAUAAAGGCUGUAUCUGAAGAAGCAACAAGAUUGCUGACUAUUUUGGAUAGGAAUUUUCCAUUAUAAUUGUUAAGCUUUCAUGAAUUAUGAUUCAUAUUUAGUACAGUUCCCAUCUAUAUUAAACCUAAAUAAAAGCAGCAUUAAUGUUUAAUAAAUUUUGUUCCAUCCAAUAGAGAUGGUAGAAGAGUCGAGAUGUACAAAUAGAAUCUGAUGUUAGUGCAACCUGCAUUACUAACAUGCUACACAGUGCAGGAAGAGGUUCAAUAACCUCACCUGAUGGUCAAGGUAAACCAUGUCACUGACAUUGCAUCACUGAUGUGGCUCACCCACACCAGGCAAGGCAUUCAUUCAUUUAACCUUCGGAAAAGCUCAAAAUUGCUUUUAAAAAGCAUGGUAGAAGUUUACAGCACAGAAAGAGGCCCUCUGAACAAGGGCAAAUAGGGAUGAGCAAUAAAUGCUGGCCAAACCAGCAACAUCCACAUCCCAUGAACAAAAAAAUAUCACAUCUGUGGAGAGGGUCUUCACUUGGUAUCUACGGAAAAGAAACGUAAAACUUACCAUCAUUGUAUAUGUUUUCUAAACCCCUCAGGAGGUAAAAAGAUCUUAAGGCUGAGCUGUUCUUGUGGUUAAGUGUGAAAGUAUGCCCUUGAUUCUUGUACAACUUGGUGAUCCAGUGUUGUAUCCAAUUCUCUUUUUCUGUAUAUUACAUGAAAUGCAUCACUUCAAUAUAUAACCUUCCAGGAACUAAUGUACUGCUACAAUUCUAUAAAUAACCAGAAUAAAGUCACUUUAAUUUU